GGUAUUUUGUCAUUCAUCUCUCUGACAUUGACGCCGAAAGGGGUAUGGAAGAGACCUCAAUCUUGGUCAGCUGCAGUGGGUGGCCAAGGGACAUAUAAUGGAGGCUUGCCCCGGGUCAAUCCCAUGCAGCAGAAGUCAUCCAUUGGCAAUUACUCCACCAGACUGAAAGCAAUACGAACUCAAGGAACCGAACAAUUCAUCUAUCUCUCACAGCAAAAUGUCCAAGAUCAUUACUGUCUUCGGUGCCACUGGCCAACAGGGCGGGUCCGUCAUCCGCACGAUCCUCAGCGACCCCGAACUUUCCAAGGAAUUCAAGAUCCGCGGUAUCACACGCGAUGCUAGCAAACCAGAAGCCCAGGCAUUGGCCAAGCAGGGAGUCGAAAUCCGAAAUGCGGACAUGAACUCUAAAGACUCUAUCCGGAACGCCCUCGAGGGCAGUCACUCCGUCUUCCUAGUGACCACUCCCGCCUGGGGUAUUGCUGGAUCUGAUGCAGAAUUGGUCCACGGCAAGAACGUUGCCGACGUGGCUAAAGAGUUGAACGUCCAGCAUCUCAUUUUCUCUUCUCUGCUCAACGUGACAGAGACCACAGCCGGACGUCUCAAGAAUGUCCAUCACUUCGAUCACAAAGCCCAGGUCGAGCAGUAUAUUCGCUCGCUGGGAGUUCCGGCUACCUUUGUCUUGCCGGGGUAUUUUAUGACCAAUUACUCUGUUGUUGGUCUGCUGCGGAAGGGCGAGAACGGGGUAUGGACUCUUGCUUAUCCUGUUGGAAAGGAGGCUAAGUUUCCGUUGAUUGAUAUCGCGGGUGAUAUGGGUAAAUAUGUCGCCGCCUCUUUGAAGAACCGGUCAGAGACACUCGGCACUCAGAUCCUCGUGGCGGAGGAUUACUACACUCCUACUCGCAUUCUCGAAGAGUUCGAAGAGGUGACCGGACAGAAGUCCCAAUUUGUGCAGGUCGAUCCCGAAACGUACAAGUCAUUCAUGCCGGGUCCCAUGGGCCAGGAAAUGCUGGAGAACCACCUCUUCAUUGGAAACCCUGGUUACUUCAAUGGUCGGAGUCUCAACGAGAGUAAGGCUUUAGUGGCUAAGGCGGGGUAUAAGCCCACCAGCUGGAAGGAAUUCUUGCAGCAGAACAAGGCUUCGUUUGCCUAGUCUACCUGCGUUCUCUAGUCGGAGCUCAGUGGUGUAGUCGUCAAAUCACCUAGGAUGGGAUUAGCUAGGAUCUUGUGUAAUCAUAUUAUCGUGAUAUAAUAAUCG